AUGUCGGGUAUGGGGGAUGGGUACGUGGGUACAGCUCAAGAUGCGGUGAGGAUACGGCGGCUGCAGAAGCAAAGAGAGGCUGAACGCCGUAAAAUCCAGGAGCUGAAGAGCAAGACUGCCUCCGGCCAGGAGCAAUCAGGUCUUCUCCAAUUCGGCGCCAGCUCUUGCGAGAUUCUUGACACUGCCUUCAAGAAGGAAACGGUCGGUUUAGUUACAAGAGAGGAGUAUGUGGAGAAGAGGGUUAAUAUUCGUAACAAGUUCGAGGAAGAAGAGAAGGAGAAACUGCAGAAGCUACAGCAAGAGGAAGAAGAGCUUCAACAACAGAAGCGUAGCAAGAAGAGAAAGAUUAAGGGAAGCUCCCGCUUAUCCUUUGCUGAAGAUUUUGAGAAUGGCAGUGAUGAAGAUGACGGAGAAAACAAGACUUCUGGGACAACGAACUUACGCAGCAGUAAACUUGGCAAGGACCCCUCAGUGGAAACUAAUUUCCUGCCUGACAGUGAGCGGGAGGCGGAGGAACAAGCCGAGCGUGAAAGGCUGAAGAAGCAGUGGCUUCGUGAACAAGAGCAGAUUAAAAGUUUGUCCAUUCUCCAGUUGCUUCUAAUUUCAGUGCGGAAGGGUGACCCAAUUGGGAAUUUCCUAAGGUCUGUGCAGCAGCAGCUUGCACCUGACUUCCGGGAGAUACGGACUGCGUCAGUUGAGAAUCUCCUCUAUGUAAAGGAAGAUCUUAUCAUCCCACAUCAACACAGUUUCUACGAGCUUAUCAUCAACAAGGCUAGGGGGAAGAGUGGCCCGCUGUUUCACUUUGAUGUGCAUGAAGACGUGAGAACCAUUGCAGAUGCAACAAUCGAGAAAGACGAGUCGCAUGCUGGUAAAGUUGUGGAAAGACAUUGGUACGAGAAGAACAAACAUAUAUUCCCUGCUUCCAGGUGGGAGAUUUACGAUCCGACAAAGAAGUGGGAGCGGUACACGGUCCACGGGGAUUGA